AUGGGUUGCAGGAGGACGGAGAUCAGGAGGAUCGACAACGCCGUCAGCCGCCAGGUCACCUUCGGCAAGCGACGCGCCGGCCUGCUAAAGAAGGCCAACGAGCUCGCCGUGCUCUGCGACGUCGACGUCGGCCUCCUUGUCUUCUCCGACGCCGCAGCCGGACAACACUCCCACUACUGCAGCCCCCACACCAGCUGGAGCGAGCUGAGUCAGCGCUACGAGAGCAUCACCAGCGCCGAGCUCCAGGGGACAGAUGAUGAGGAUGAUGAUCAGGUGCACAUCUUGGAGGACCAGAACACAGCUUCCUUCUCCACAAGGUUAAUUUCAGUUAUCUGCACUGCUGGCCUUCCUGCGUGCCUCCUCGUGUACUCUGUGACCGAGGAGGGGCAGCAGCAUCGUGUCCCCGUGGAGGCCGCGGAGGGCAGCACUACGCCGACGGUACUGUUCGGGGGCUUCUUCCCGGAGGUGGGGGAGCAGUUGUCGACGUCGCUUCAGCUGUGGCCGCAGCAGCAGCUUCCCGACGCGCAAGGAUUUGGACUGCAGCCCAGCCUACGUUUGUGGUUGAGGAGAAGGAUAUGA